GCUGGCUAGUGUAGGAUAAGGAUACACGGCUUGGUCCUCUCUGGUCUAGACAUCACAUCGUUAGCCAAGUCAGCUAGUCAGCUGUUUAUUUUUUUGACAAAAUGUCAACAACGACCGGCGGCGGAGAGUUUGGCAACCCCUUACGAAAGUUCAAGCUCGUCUUUCUGGGCGAACAGAGUGUUGGGAAAACCUCACUCAUCACCAGGUUUAUGUAUGACAGUUUUGACAACACUUACCAGGCAACAAUUGGCAUUGACUUUUUGUCAAAAACUAUGUAUCUGGAAGAUCGCACGGUCCGGCUCCAGCUUUGGGACACUGCUGGACAGGAGCGUUUUCGUAGCCUAAUUCCCAGCUACAUCCGUGACUCUACCAUUGCUGUGGUUGUUUAUGACAUCACCAAUCUUAAUUCUUUCCAGCAAACCUCAAAGUGGAUUGAUGAUGUUAGAACAGAGAGAGGAAGUGAUGUCAUUAUCAUGCUCGUCGGGAACAAAACAGACUUAGCGGAUAAAAGACAGAUCACCACGGAGGAGGGCGAGCAGAGAGCUAAGGAACUGAAUGUCAUGUUCAUUGAAACCAGCGCAAAGACUGGCUACAAUGUCAAACAGCUGUUCCGACGCGUUGCUGCUGCAUUGCCUGGGAUGGAUAGCACACCAGAGAAAAGCAAAGAGGACAUGAUCGACAUCAAACUGGAGAAACAGCCAGAGAUGACUGUAACUGAGAGCAGCUGCUCAUGCUAGUACACCUCAGCCCCUGCCAGCCUGUCUCCUCCCCACCAACAGCUUGUCUCUCAGUGGCCACUUUCCUCCACCCUUGGCACACGGCCAUCGGGAUGGAGGACCUGUCUUUUUUUUCUUCUUUUUUUUCCCUUUUCAACUCAGUGACUUUUCAGAGUAACCGUGUGGAUGUGCAUUACUGUAUUGAAACAAAUUAUUUGGGGAAAAAAUGGUUCAAAAGUAAACAUUUAAAACAAGGAAUAAGUUAAUUGAUAUGUUCAGAUUUUCAUCCAGUUGCAUGGCAUUAUAUAGGAUUGCAGACUGACAUAGCUAACUGCUCUUGAGUUAUUGCACAGUUUAGAAUCUUAGUGCUGUUACUCUUGUUGUUGUAAAGUAAAACUGCUUGGGAUUAUUUAAAUGACUCUACAAGGUUGAGUUCUCUGCCUAUCCUUUUGUUUUUGUUUCAAAUGGAGAGUUCAGCUGAAGCUAUUCUGUCUCCUAAACGGCUUAUCAUUUGUCGACUUUGUCUAAUUUUGAGGAAGUAACGACUGGCUCUCAACCAGUGAACUGUUAUCAUUGCAAAACAUUAUAUUACAACAUUAGGCUCAAGUGAACCCUUUUCAUUGUGUCAGUGGAACUACUUAUGCCUAACACGUCUGCGAGCUUACAUUGCCAAAUACAAGUGUGUAAGCGGACCGGGUUAACACAGAUUCAUAUUUAACAGUACUGCAGAAGGAUGCGUAAUAAGGAAAUGGAUAUAUAUCGUAAAAGGGAAGCCAGCCCAAAUGAAUUAGAAAGCCUACUAACCUAAAAGUUUAUAUGUUGUUGAAUGAGCUCUGCACUGUACUAACAUGUCUGAGGAGGCAUUAUUAGUAGAUGGUCCCCUAAUACUAUGAAAAUCAGUUUCCACGUUGAUGGAGAGUUGUCACUUUCGCUACGACGUACCCACCAUCUCAUCGACGAUUUGUGUUGUGUUGAUUACACUAUUGCAACAACAUGCAGCAUGCUCACCCCGCAGGAUUUACAUGGAUAAGAACACAGAUGCCUUGCUUGUUUGUUCACCAACGUUGUGCACUGAAUCAAGCCACAAUAUUGUAAAAUAUCAGAGAAGCCUGCUGACUGGUUCAUGGCUUCACUAGUUGUUUGUAGAGCUGGUAGAUAGAUGUCCUCAGAUACAGCUAAAGCUUACUAACACCCUUGCUGUAAAAUAAGUGCAGACGUUAGUUGCCAUAUCUUUUGCUGUAUUGCUAUUGCCUGUGUAGGACUGUUGGUUUAUUUAUUUUGUAACUUGGACAUACAGCUAACAUUGUACGCGUGACCAAAAGUACAAAUGCCGACGCGCAUGUUUUAAAGUUUUAUUUUAUUUAUUGUUUGCGUGUCUGCUGAGGCGCCACCUACAGGUGACAUUUACACCUAGUGAGUUGGGGGGGUUUCUUGUUUUUUUCCGGUGUGGUCUGUCGCUUGGUUUAGUCACAGGUAAAGGCCGCACCGUCUCCCAAACCGACUAACCAGCCAUAGCACAACAAAAGACACUGAUCGUUUGCUGUAGCUUUUUUUGUUUGUUUGUUUUUUGGGGGUUUUUUUUUUUUUAAAUGUCCAGCAUUUUAAAAAACAGAUUUGAAAGUUAAGGUAUUUAAAUUGCAACGUGAACAACCGUUUUAACAUGAGCAGCUCUAUUACUUGUCACUGACUAAAUACUCAGCUUUGUGCUAUUCUGAAUUGUGUCUGUCCAUUUGAAAUAUGUCUACUCGUGUUUAGCAACGUUUGUGUGAAUAAUGUACUAUUACUAUCUUAUGUAUAAAAAGGAGAGUUAAUGAAAACAAGUGUAGGCUUAUCACAUGGAGUAAAAUAAAGAUAUUUCACCAAAAUUUAA